GGAUCAGAUAUAGUUAAGGCUGUGAACCAGGUCGCAAAUUAUUUUAAAUGCAUACCGGUUGAAGGGUCUAUUGUACAACAAGUUCGUCGUUAUGUUCUUCAAGGAGAAAAUUUUGCAACUUUGAAUCCAAAUGAUGGGUUUCCGGAUGAUGAUUUUGUGAUUAAUACAAAUGAAGUUUAUACUAUCAAUGUACUUAUGAGUACUGGUAUUGGUUUGGUCAAGGAAUCUGAGUUUAAACCAACAAUUUAUCAGAGGAAUGUUAAUGAAGUAUAUAAUUUAAAAUUGAAAGCUGCUAGAACAGUAUUUAAAAAAAUUACCGACACUUAUAGUGUCUUUCCAUUCUCCAUAAA